AUUUCCUCCGCACGGCGGCGGCGGCGGCGGCGGCGGCGCCUCGUGCGCGCGGUUAUUUAUUUAUUUCCGGGCCCCGGAGCGCUUAUAAUGGAGCCGCUGUCAGCAGAACCUACUGCUGCCGCCGCCGCCGCCGCUGUCCCUCCUCUUUUUUUUCCCGGCAGAUCUUUGUUGUGUGGGAGGGCAGCAGGGAUGGACUUGAGCUUGCGGAUCUGCUGCUAGAGCCGCCGCGCUUGGAGAGGGCGUCGCGGCCGCGAGAAGGAGCCGCCGCCGCCCCGAGGCCCCGCCGGACCCGGCUGCGGUCCGCCCGCGCCCCCGCUCGGCCCACUCGCCCCGCGCCUCCCGGCAGAGUCCCCUCGCGGCGGCAGAUGUGUGUGGGGCCAGCCCACGGCGGGGACUAUGGUGAAAUUCCCGGCGCUCACGCACUACUGGCCCCUGAUCCGGUUCCUGGUGCCCCUGGGCAUCACCAACAUAGCCAUCGACUUCGGGGAGCAGGCCUUGAACCGGGGCAUUGCUGCUGUCAAGGAGGACGCGGUGGAAAUGCUAGCCAGCUACGGGCUGGCGUACUCCCUAAUGAAGUUCUUCACGGGUCCCAUGAGUGACUUUAAAAAUGUGGGCCUGGUGUUCGUGAACAGCAAGCGAGACAGGACCAAAGCCGUCCUGUGCAUGGUGGUGGCCGGCGCCAUUGCCGCUGUCUUCCACACCCUGAUAGCUUAUAGUGACUUAGGCUACUACAUUAUCAAUAAACUGCACCAUGUGGAUGAGUCUGUGGGGAGCAAAACGAGAAGGGCCUUCCUAUAUCUUGCUGCCUUCCCUUUUAUGGAUGCAAUGGCAUGGACCCAUGCUGGCAUUCUCCUAAAACACAAAUACAGUUUCCUGGUGGGAUGUGCAUCCAUCUCCGAUGUCAUAGCUCAGGUCGUGUUCGUCGCCAUCUUACUGCACAGUCACCUGGAAUGCAGAGAGCCUCUGCUCAUCCCCAUCCUGUCCUUGUACAUGGGCGCCCUCGUGCGCUGCACCACCCUGUGCCUGGGCUACUACAAGAACAUCCACGACAUCAUCCCCGACAGAAGCGGACCGGAGCUGGGGGGAGAUGCAACCAUAAGAAAGAUGCUGAGCUUCUGGUGGCCUCUGGCCCUCAUCUUGGCUACACAGAGAAUCAGUAGGCCUAUUGUCAACCUCUUUGUUUCCCGGGACCUUGGUGGCAGUUCUGCAGCUACUGAGGCGGUGGCAAUCUUGACAGCCACGUACCCUGUGGGUCACAUGCCAUAUGGCUGGCUGACGGAAAUCCGUGCUGUCUACCCGGCUUUUGACAAGAAUAACCCCAGCAAUAAACUGGUGAGCACAAGCAACACGGUGACCGCAGCCCACAUCAAGAGGUUCACGUUUGUCUGCAUGGCCCUCUCGCUCACGCUCUGUUUCGUGAUGUUCUGGACGCCCAACGUUUCCGAGAAAAUUCUGAUAGACAUCAUUGGAGUGGACUUCGCCUUUGCAGAACUCUGCGUUGUUCCCCUGCGCAUCUUCUCCUUCUUCCCGGUUCCAGUCACUGUGAGGGCCCAUCUCACCGGGUGGCUGAUGACGCUGAAGAAGACCUUUGUCCUGGCCCCCAGCUCCGUGCUGCGGAUCAUCGUCCUCAUCACCAGCCUCGUGGUCCUGCCCUACCUGGGGGUACACGGAGCCACCCUGGGCGUGGGCUCCCUCCUGGCGGGGUUUGUGGGAGAGUCCACCAUGGUCGCCAUAGCCGCGUGCUACGUCUAUCGGAAACAGAAAAAGAAGAUGGAGACCGAGACGGCGGCCGAGGGGGAGGACUCGGCCAUGACGGACCUUCCGCCGGCGGAGGAGGGGACAGACGUGGUGGAAAUGCGAGAGGAGAAUGACUAAGGCGCCGGACGUGGGGACAGCAGGGCGGCCAGGUGGCAGCGCAGCGACAUCUCCUCUCCCUCGUGCUUUCUUUCUUCUGCUCUGGGGUUUGGGUUUGGGUUUGGGUUUGGGUCACGGAAGAGGCCUUGCUAGAGGUUUCGUGUAGACUCUGCGGCAUACUGGGUAUGCUCCCUCGGCUGUGGGGACCCGAACAGUGGUCCCUGCCAUCGCUUUGGACACACAAACAGAACAAUGAGUUCACGCCCCCACUUCCCCCGAAAUCCCAAAGACGCAGCUGCCUCUAGAACAGCCCGUCCCCUCCUCCUCCCCCCCUCACCCCCGGACAAUCUCCACUCAGAACCAAAGGACUGCGGCUGGGCCAUCAGCGCCCUCGGCCGCCCCCGCCCAGCAGGCCCGACUGGACCCUGUCCCUCCGCAUCGCUCUUCCGAAUCCACAGGUUACAGCUGGGCUCCCUGUGGCUGGCUUCCCAGGAACACGGCUGUGCAGAGAGAGACGCAGCCCCGGGGGCCUUCCACCCUGCACAGCCUGCGGCCGCCAACGCCCAGCCACCCCCCACCCCGCCGUGCAGAGCGUCCGCGACAGAUGGCAGCCUGGCCUGGCCGCUCACACUGACCAGUGCCUUUGUGAACGCACUGCACGGCCGGGCGGACGGAUGGACGCGCGGGCCUGACCUCCCGGGGGAAGGUUCGAGACGCCGGGGGAGUGGCGGACUGAACGAUAGCAUUUCACCUGCAUUUUCCUAGGUUGGAGCGAGCUCCCACUUUUCAGGCCCCGCCGUGUACAUACAUGAGCUAAGUUUUUUAAGUUGUCACAAAAGCGCAUCUCCAAACGUCAGCAUCCUCAGGCAUGACUUCCCCGAAGGCUUGUUUGUCACUCACCGUUCCUGAAGAUGGCGCUAGAGCAAGUGAAACGGAGUUUUCUCUUAGUUUUUUUUAAAGUGAAAGGAAGCUUUAAGUCAUAAUCUAGCAUUCUAAUGCCAGGUUGCUGUAUCGUAACUUUUGAAGUAGAUUCGUUACCUGGUUCCGCUACUCUUACUCAUAACCAUGCGGGGCAGGUAAUUCACACCACAUGAGAAAGCAAGACAUUUUCUAAGCGAUAGCAAAGUCACUAUGUGAUAUUCCCUGAAAUGACACAUUUGAAAUCCAUUUAGUGCAGUAUAUUUUUCUAAGUUUUGGAAAGCGGGUUUUUUCUUUAAAAAAAUUAUGGACACAGUUCACUAAAUUCUUGAUUUAGUCAAAAUUCCUAGACGGAAAGAACCUAAACACAAAAAUAUUUUAAAGAUAUAAAUAUAUACUGUAUAUGUUAUGUAAUUUAUUUUAGGCUAUAAUACAUUUCCUAUUUUCGCAUUUUCAAUAAAAUGUCUCUAAUACAAUACGGUGAUUACUCCUGUGCUCUACAGACCUGCAGUUGAAACGUAUUGUAUCGAUGAACAUUGUAUCUUAUUUACAGCAGUUCUACAGAGUCUGUCAUUUGUAUAUAAAUGUAAGGAUCAAUAAAUGAGGAAAGAAC